AACUCAACCUUUGAAUCAAGUUGAAGGAAAAGAGACAGUGAUAUUAAUAUUUAACUAUGUCUGCUGUAGCUUGCUUAAAUCAUGAGGCCACCAAAUCUGACUUGCAUAGAAAUGUUGCAGAUUUUCAACCUAGCGUUUGGGGAGAUUAUUUCCUUCAAUAUACUUCAGAAUCUAUGGAAUUUGAUCAAAAUAUGGUAGCACAAAUUGAGACACUAAAAAAUGAUGUGAAGAACAUGCUUGUCUCAAAGACAGAGAACCCUUUGGUAAAAAUCUACUUGAUUGAUUCAAUAUGCCGCUCUGGUGUGAGCUAUCAUUUUGAACAUGAGAUUGAAGAAAUUUUGCAACAUAUUCAUAAUAAUUAUGUUGAAAAUGGAGAGAUAACUAUUGAAGACAACCUUGGCACUAUUGCUACACUAUUUAGGUUGUUGAGGCAACAAGGAAUUCAUGUUUCACCAAAUGUAUUCAACAAAUUCAAGGAUGAGCAAGGAAACUUUAGUGAAAAACUUACAAGUGAUGUUGAUGGAAUGUUAAGAUUGUAUGAAGCCACACAUUUAAUGAUUAAGGGAGAAGACAUUUUGGAAGUGGCAUUGGCUUUCACUACAACUCACCUUGAGUCCAUUGCCAAGCAAUUAAGCCAUCCUCAUGCAAUACAAGUCAAACAUAGCUUAAGGCAAACUCUCCAUAAGAACUAUCCUAGGUUGGAGGCACGGAGCUACAUUUCCAUAUACGAGCAAGAUCCUUCCCAUAAUAAAAAUUUACUCAAUCUUGCAAAAUUAGAUUUCAAUAUGCUCCAAAGUCUACAUCAAAAGGAAUUUGGUAACUUUUGCAAAUGGUGGAAGGCAUUGGAUGUGCCCGGUAAAUUACCAUUUGCACGACAUAGAAUUGUGGAAAGUUGCUUUUGGGGUUUGGGGGUAUAUUUUGAGCCCAAAUUUUCUAUGGCAAGAAAAUUUAUGACAAAAUUAGUUGUCAUAAUAACUAUGAUCGAUGAUACAUAUGAUGCAUACGGAACAAUCGAUGAAUUAGAACUUUUUACGAAAGCAAUUGAAAGGUGGGAUGUUAGCUGCAUGGAUAAUCUUCCGAAUUACAUGAAGUUUCUCUAUAGAAUAAUCUUAGAUCUUUACGAAGAAAUAGAGAAGGAAAUGAAAAAGGAAGGAAGAAUAUAUGCUCUAAAAUACUACGUAAAAGAAUUCAUAAAAUAUGUUCAAGCAUAUAUGACCGAGGCAAGGUGGUUAAACAAUAAUUAUAAACCGACAUUAGAAGAAUACAUUCGUGUAUCAACAGAGUCAUCUGGUUAUGCACUUGCGACAACAACUUGUUACAUUGGUAUGGGAGACAUAGCUACUGAGGAAAUUUUCAAGUGGGUAUCAAAUGAGCCAAAAAUUAUUAAUGCAGCUAUUGUCCUUUGUAGGCUAAUGGAUGACAUUGUAUCCAACGAGUUUGAACAGAAAAGAGAACAUAUUUCCUCAUUCUUGGAAUGCUACAUGAAGCAAUAUAAUAUCUCAAGGGAAGCUGCCAUUCAAGAAGGCCGAAAGAGAAUUUCCGAUGCUUGGAAAGAUAUGAAUAAGGAAUGUCUUAGGCCAUAUGAAGUUCCAAUGCCGUUUCUUACCCGAAUUCUCAACCUCUCACGUUUUAUGGAUGUGGUUUAUAAAGAUAAAGAUAAUUUUACACAUCCUGAAGGAGAAAUGAAAAAAUUCAUCAAAGCUUUGCUUGUUGAUCCCGUGCCAAUUUGAGCAUCAAUUUUAGUCUUCUAUGCAUUGUAUUUCUACUUUAAAUAAAAAUUGUGUGAUUUGUGGAUUUUCUUUUGUUUUGUUGAAUCGAAGUUGGUGUGAAAUAAGUUGUAAGUUUGCAACAUGUUGCAUUAUAUAUAAUGUAAUGAAAUGAAUGCUGUCAGAUUUCACUUCUUUUUUAGAUUAAUCUUAUGUAACUUUUUGAGUA